AGCUUGCCCGCUCUCGCCGCUCCUGCCCUCUCCAGCUCUCUCUCCAUCCCGUCUUCCGAAAGGUGCUGGGCGGAUCCCGGGCGGCGGAGGCCGAGCGGCUGCAGCGGCGGUACCGGCGGAGGCAGCGGUAGCGGCGGCGGGAGGCAGGAUGAGCGCACGCGGUGAGGGCGCCGGGCAGCCGUCCACAUCAGCCCAGGGACAACCUGCCGCCCCGGCGCCACAGAAGCGAGGACGCGGCCGACCCAGGAAGCAGCAGCAAGAGCCAACCUGUGAGCCCUCUCCCAAGAGACCCAGAGGAAGACCCAAAGGCAGCAAAAACAAGAGCCCCUCUAAAGCAGCCCAGAAGAAAGCAGAGACCAUUGGAGAAAAACGGCCAAGAGGCAGACCUCGGAAAUGGCCACAGCAAGUCGUUCAGAAGAAGCCUGCUCAGGGGGUUGAGUUUGGAGAGCACACCAGGUGCCUUGAAUUGCAAACCUCAAGCCUGUCCUACAAUCCUUAUGGGCGGGAGUUCAUCCCUUCUGGUCUAAAGGAGGUGCAUGUUGUCCAUUUGGAAGUGUCCCCUGAGUUACUGAAACAGGAAUAA